AUCAAGAUCGAAGCUUGCCAGCUGUCAACAACGAGUCCAUCGUACAUAUUGUACAUAGUCCUGCACAGGGACUGAUCUUGGUCUCCAGUCUUGGCGAGUGGUGAACUUGCAGCUGAAUGCUGAUUCAUGUCCCAGGACAUCCUCCGAGGCUGCUCGAAUGCGGUAGGCAAUCAAGAAAGAAAGAAAGAAAGAAAGCAUGAAAGGAAGUCCGGAUUCUGGCACGACUCACCCAAUCAACCCCACACUUGACCGACUGAACUGAUUGAUUGACAAGUGGAUUGAUUGAUUUGCCAGCCGGCAUUCUUUCAAUUCCUCUCCUGUCCUCUGGGCUGGGCUCGCCUCAACUCGCCUCAACUCGCCUCAACUCGACUCGACUCACCGGAUGUCCCGGGAAUGGGUUCGUCUAGUUUUCUGCGGCGGCAAGGACCAAACUGAUCGGGGUGCCCGUGCCCGCCAUUGACCUACAGGCGUCACACCACACCUGAACCCAUUGGCCGGUUUGCCCCUCUCCAGCCUUUCGCUUUCUCUCCGUAUCCGUCCCUCCGCAUCCGCAUCCGUAUCCGCAUCCGUAUCCGCAUCCGUAUCCGUCCAUUCCUUCUGGCGUCAUGUUUCGAUUGACGAAUCGUUUUCACGAGGGCAACGCAGGGCCCAGUUUGCGGUCGCCGCCGGAUUUCCAUACACCGGGGGGCGGUCUCCGGCUGUGCGGCUGUCUCUGGCGCACCGCCUCCGAUGACUUGGUCAUUCCGGCGGUCAUGGAGUUCUGCACGCGCACCGUGGGUCUGCUCAUCUUGGUAGGCGUGCUCGUCUACACAGAAGUGAGCCAAUUGAGCUGCGCCUCCGAGCAUCACCUCAACGUGUAUCUUAUGGUGGCCAUCGGGCUGUUUGCCGCUAAUAUCCUCAAUAACCUGGCCCUGGCCGUGGAUAGUGCCCAGGGCCGCAUUUGGGACGAGGAUCCGCGGGUUCGCCGCUGGGUCGUGCCCUUGAUCUAUUUGAACGUGUGCAUGACGAUGGGCGAGUUCGGGUGGGCGCUGGUGGGCACGUUUUGGGUGGCUCGGGGCCUCUUGAGUCAAUGCCAGCCCAAUCCUCAAUCCUUGGAUAUCACCGAUGUGCCGCUCUACGCCAUUUUGGCCAUUAUCAUCUUCAUCUGGCUGGGCCUCGUCUUCAAAGUGGUGGUGGUGGUCAUCAGUUUUAAUAGUAUUGAAUGGAAGAAUCAUCGGAGUCGAGCCAAUAACAACGAAUCGUUCGUUAUGGAGCAACCUCAAAGCUGCUUGAGCCGAAUCUUUUCCCUCUGCGUGGGGAAAAGUCAGAUCGAUUGUUUCAAAGAGAUCGCCAAUGUGCUCUCUUUUGUGUUCGAUCAGGAGAAUUUCGUCCCCACGGACAUUGCCGCGGCAUUACUGCUCAUCUACGUCAAACAAAACGAAUGCCGUGUCGUGGUGGGCGGGGAUCCCAUCGCUCCGACCAGUGCCAAGUACAGGUCCCCCGCCUCGAGCGCCAGUACCCACCCUCCCUCCAGUCCGUCCCGCCUACCGUCUGAUCCCGUUAUUCUCGAUAGCCAAGGGGCUCACGAGGACCAUUUGAAAGCCUGGGAAGAGCCCGAAUUAGUGAAACACUUCAUGUUCUAUGCCGGUGCUUCGUACGGCUACACGUGGUACUUGAUGAAAAACACCUCCAUCAACAUGUGCAAUAUCUACGCUCGCAUGCGGUGCUGCGCGUGCUUUUCAUGUGUCAGUCCCGAAGAUUUCAUCCAAGGCGACAACUGCCUUCAGUGUAACACAGCUGCCCUCAUGUCCAUGCUACCUCACCUGGACCAGGAGGCCUUGGUUCACAUCUCAUUUAAGAACAACUUCCUCGAAGUGCCCUUUUUCGUGGCGGUCGACCAACGUUACAGGAAGAUCGUCAUCUCAAUUCGAGGGACUUUGUCUUUGGAGGACGCGCUCACAGAUCUAUGCGCUACCCCCAGCGAGAUGACCGCCUUCGAUCCAGACUUGAAAGGCUUCCAAGCCCACAACGGUAUCCUGUCCGCCGCCAAAUACGUUUACGACCAGUUGGUCGAGAAGCAUGUUUUGGACAAAGCGUUCUCGUACUACGACGAUUAUCAAUUGGUGGUCACGGGUCAUAGUUUGGGAGCGGGCACGGCUGUCAUCUUAGCUUUCAUGCUCCGGAGAUUUUACCCGAAUACAAAGUGUUACGCCUUCAGUCCACCCGGUGGUCUUUUGAACGAGAUGGCUGCCAAGGCCUCCGAGCACUUCACUAUCUCAGUCGUUGUUGGAAUGGAUCUGAUUCCCCGGUUGAGUCUCCAGAGUUUAACCUUGCUCAAAGAGCAAAUGAAAUCCGAGCUGACGCAAUGCACUUUGCCUAAGUACCAAAUACUUAGAGGCCUCUGCGGGUGUUGCAUCAAGGAUUGGCACGCUCCAAUUGCGGAAGCCCACCGUCAGAAUUCUGAAUCAUCUGAUAUUCGUGAACCCAUUCUGGAGAGCAGCCGCCGUUUACACGUUGAAGGUGGUCAGUACGAAUCUUUUAACGAGGUUGCCGAGUCUAGUCCAGCCCAUCAAGCGAGCCCAUCGUCCAAUCAAGACGCAGAGAGGCGCAAGAGUCUACCCCAUGUCAAAUUGGUUCUACCCGGAAAGAUUUGGCAUGUGGAACAAAGCUCGGAAAAUUCCGAGAACUGGCGAGUUUCGCUAAAGACGGCCCAAGACUUCCAAAACAUUUUAGUCCACCCUAAAAUGUUAUCCGACCACUUCCCCAAUAACGUCACCGAGAUCCUGGCUUCCUUGAACCUGAGCUUCGAUUUUCCAAUUGCUUGCUAACUAAUAUGAUCAAAGACGAUGCCAACUAUUUAUUGUUCUAUUGUUCUGUGAUAUAUGCUACUAAAUCGAUUCCACACGAUUAACUAAUAUUGUUUCACCAUGCUCAUAUGAACCGUUCCCACUUUUUUAGA